AUGUUACAGCGAAAACAUUUAUCGAGUGUUUUACUUAUAACACUAUUUUGUAUAGCGAUAACACAAUGUCGUGAAAUCAGUGUAAAAAAUGAGGAAGAUAAUGGUGCCGAACAAUCUGGAUUAGUCGAAGUAUUUGAUUUGGAGCCAGCUGCAAGUAAACAUGGACAUCAUCAUGAAUCAGGCGGUGGUCAUGAACAUCAUGCCCAUCAUCAUUCAUCUCACGGACAUAAGGGUGAUAAAGGUUAUAAAUCGAAACAUCAUCACGAUAAAGGGGAUAAAGGAAAACAUGGUAAACAUCACCAUGCUAGUCAUUACAGUGAUCAUUCAGGACAUAAAAAGAAACAUCAUGACGAAGCUGAACAUUACGGUAAACAUCAUUCAUCAGAGAAAAAACAUAAAGGUGGCAAGUUUGGUGAGAAGAAGGGACAUAAAAAAGGACAUAAAACUACUGGAUAUCAUCAUAAAUCCCAUAAAGAUGAUUAUCAUAAACAUCAUAAGUUCUAUGAUGACUACCAUAAAGGAGGACAUCAUAGUAAACAUGGUGAUUUCCAUGGACAUCAUGCCAAGAAACACGGUGGACAUAAGAAAGGUGGUAGCCAUAAAUCAGGAUACCAUGAUGAUCAUUAUGGCAAGAAAGGACACCAUGAUAAAGGACACUACGAGGAUGAUCAUAAAGGAUUUAAAGGACAUCAUGGACACGAAGAACAUCAUUCACAUCAUGAAGAUUACGGCAAGAAAGGUGGCCAUUCGGGAGGCAAGGAGUAUGGAUUUAAAGAAGGAAAACAUUAA